AUGGAGUCCCGUGGGUCCCAAGCCAAGGCUGUUGGGCAGCGCCUCCUCCAGGCUUAUAUCCCACAGAAGACUGGGCUCCAGGCUGUGUCCAGUGGCCAACGGGGAAGUGUGCUGCGCUGGUUCAUCACCGUGGUCCUGAAUGCUGCCUUCCUGGGGAUGGGAGUGAGCGCUGCUGUGCUAGGACCCACGUUCCCCGACCUGGCAAGAAAUGUGAACCGGAACGUCAGCAGUCUUUCCGAAAUAUUCGUGGGCCGUGCCCUCGGCUACUUGUGUGGCUCUGUGGUUGGCGGGGUGCUUUUCGACUGUAUGAAUCAUUUUUUACUUUUGGGGCUGUCAAACCUGCUCACCUCAGCCGGUCUUUACCUGACUCCGUUCUGUAAGACAGCAGUCUUACUUACUGCAAUGAUGUCUGUCACUGGCAUCUCAUUUGGUGUUCUAGAUACAGGUGGGAAUGUCCUCAUUUUGAAUCUUUGGGGGGACAAAGGAGCCCCACACAUGCAGGCCUUGCACUUCAGUUUCGCCUUGGGUGCCUUCCUGGCUCCCCUGCUGGCUAAAUUGGCCUGGGGAACAUCAGCAUCUACUCAGAACCACACAGAUCCUGGUUUCGACCGUUCAGCCUUGAACCGAUCCUCUGAAGCCACCUCAGACUCUCUGUUUGCAGUACCUGAGGACAUGAACCUGCUGUGGGCAUAUGCUUCCACUGGCACCUAUGUUUUAGUAGUUUCUGUCUUUCUGUUUGCUCCAUUCUUUAAUCAAAGCUCAAGGCAGAAAAAAUCCACAGCAUCUGGUCAGGAAGCUCGAAGAGCUAAAUAUCACUGGGCCCUGCUCUGUCUCCUCUUCAUCUUCUUCUUCUUUUAUGUUGGAGCUGAGGUGACCUAUGGCUCUUUCAUAUUCUCCUUCGCCACCACCCAUGUUGGCAUGGAAGAAAGUGAAGCAGCUGGCUUGAACUCCAUCUUCUGGGGGACCUUUGCUGCCUGCAGGGGCCUGGCCAUCUUCUUUGCAACAUUCUUAAAGCCUGGAACCAUGAUUGUAUUGUGCAACAUUGGCAGCCUUGUCUCAUCUUUCUUUCUGGUGCUUUUUGACAAGAGCCCUCUUUGUCUCUGGAUCGCAACUUCUGUGUAUGGAGCCUCGAUGGCAGCCACAUUUCCCAGUGGCAUUGCCUGGAUUGAGCAGUACACCAGCAUAACUGGGAAAUCUGCAGCAUUUAUUCUGGUUGGUGCUGCCCUGGGACUAAUGGCUACUCCUGCACUAUCUGGAAUUCUUCAAGGACACUACCCAGAUCUGCCAAUAAUUCUGUAUACUUGUCUGGGAUCAGCAGUAUUCACAACUGUUUUAUUUCCUGUGAUGUAUAAAUUAGCCACCUUACCUCUGGAUUACAAGCAGAAAAAAGGUAGUAACAGUGAGGGCCAGAAAUUUUUGCUUUCUAGCUCUGAGCUAAACAAGGAAGCUAAAUUAAGAUGGGAGGGGUGGGGUAACAGUGAGGAUUCAGUUAAGAAUCACCAGAGCAGAGGGACUGAGAGAGAAAUUGGGCUGCUGACUGAGUGGCCUCCUAAGAAGCCUGUCAGAACCAAGCGCUAG